CAAGUCACAUGACUGGGGGCAGCUGGGAAAUUGACAAUAUGCCUAGCCCCAUGUCAGAUUUCAAAGUUAUAACUAAAUGCAAUUGUCACUGAAAGCAGCUUAUAUUGGCUACAUUGCUUGUUCUGAGUGUAAGUAGCACAAUAGCAGCUGAUGAACAAACGUGGAGGAAACUGAUGUUGUGCUACAUUGUUUCACCAGUCACAACCAGGGAAAAGAAAUAAUAACUCAUUCUGCUUUCCAGUGCAAAUACAGUUACAAAUGUAUAAAUGCUGCUUCCAUUGCGCAAUAAAAAUGUUUUGGGGUAAGAUUCCCUUUAAGCAGCUAAACUGGAGCAGAAUAAGCAGCACAAAGUAGUCCCUUAUCAACGAACCGCUAUGGUAACAUGGCACAAUGGCAAAGCUACUUGUACCCUCAGAGCGAGUGUUCAGGCAGCUGAGCUAAUUUCCCAGUCCCUUCUAUCUUCUAUCUACACACAGACACACGUGACGUUUCCUGCAUGCCUUCUGCUUCACUUCCGCCAGGUUCUUGCAGGCAAUCCCGUACUUCUGCUCGCUGUGUAAUGUCCUGGUUCUUAACACCGGAUCUUUUUUCUCGGCGGAGGCAGUUUCUAGCAAAAACACAGACAAAAAGUCUCCAAAGAAGUUGGAAAAAUGAUGAAAAGGGUCUGAUGGAAUCUGAUGAACAGGAACUCAUAAACAAAACCGACAACACAGCGUCUAAUGAAAGCAAUGCUGGAAACGUUAAUACAUGUCCUUCUGCAUCCCCCUUUUCUGAUUUGAAUGAGGUUUCACGUAAUGGCUUAACAGAUGACAGUGAGGAUGGAGUAGGGUUUAGUCACAAAACGUCCCCUGAGCCCUCUAAAGUAAGAGAGGUUUAUCUGAAUGGCAGUCCAUUUGUAGAUGAAGACAGCAAUCAACUGAUGCCUCUGGGGCUCUUUUUUGAAAAUGCAGAUCUAAUGCAGCAUACUAAAAGUUAACUUCAAGGUGAAGAACAAGAUAAUCAGUGGCACUGCAAAAAGAAACCAGAAGAUAGUAAUAAGAAGUAUAUAGUGACAGAAGUGAGACUAUGGUGAGUAGCAGAAUGUAUAAAUGGGAAGAAAAGCAAAAUGAUUAAAACAAAAGGAGGCUGCAGAAGCUGGAGAUUUAGAGAACCACAAGGUGAACCACAGGAAGAGGUAAGAGGUAUAGAAAUAUGGGGGAAAAUGUAAACAUGCAUGAAGGAAAGGAUAUCUGGGAUGAAAAAUGAUGUAAGAGAAGCACAUAAUAGAAAUGCUGGAAUUGCAAAGGGAUAGUGGAGU